GCGCUUGGCAGAAACCGGAAGCGAGCAAUGCAACACCUUCUAGCUGCUCAGUAGUUCGGUGGCUAACUGUUUACAACAACAAAAAACACACUUUGGAGUCCGAAUUUUCGGAAUGGGAACUACGGCGAGUCAACUUGGGAAGGAUGUGCUGUCAGAAUACCAAGAGCUGACCUUCCUGACCAAACAAGAAAUUCUUCUUGCACACAAGAGAUUCUCUGAACUGCUCAGUAAAGAGGAGAGAGACCGUCCAGACACCAGAGUACCGAUGGAGAAGAUUCUUACUCUGCCUGAGCUCAAGUCCAACCCUUUCAGGCAAAGAAUCUGCCAGGUGUUCUCGACAUCUGACCGGAAAGAUGGAAGCCUCACAUUCGAAGACUUCCUGGAUCUUCUAAGUGCCUUCAGUGACUCCGCUACUCUGGAAAUCAAAUCCCACUAUGCAUUCCGUAUAUUUGACUUUGAUGACGAUGGAACCCUCGACACUGGCGAUCUGGAGAAGCUGGUUAACUGCUUGACCGGUGAAACGGAUGAGACAAGACUAACCACUGAUGAAAUGAGACAGCUGAUCAACAAUAUUCUGGAAGAGUCAGACAUCGACAAGGACGGAACCGUGAACCUCUCAGAGUUUCAGCAUGUUAUUUCAAGAUCGCCAGAUUUUGUCAGUUCUUUCAAGAUUGUGCUGUGAAGACCUCUAAUGGACUGUGGAAAUGCAUCAGCCUUUAAUUCUCAUACUGUGGUGUUUAAUUUUAAGUAAGAAUUUUAAAUACCUGCCUUAAAUUAUACUUGCCUGUGGAUUUUACUGCCUUAAAUGUUUUAUGUAGCAUUUGUGAGAAAUAAACCCCCUUUUUUAACAUCUGUAAGAAAAAUAAAAACUUUACAAAAAAA